GCGCGGCCAGCAGGCGCCCGUGAGCCCGGUGCUCCCAGCCCGCGGGGCGUGCUCGCCGUGAGUCGCGUGGUCAGCGGCCUCCGUGCGGUGGGUCUCCAGGCUCCGCGUGGCGGCAGCUGGGUGGCUGGCUGCCCCCUGACCCCGCCGGGCUCCCCUGAGCGUCUGGGGCUCCUGAGAAGCGUGGCAAGGCCCCGGACCCGCGGAGGUUCGCUGUGGAGUGCGGAGGCAGCCCGGUGUGCGGCAGGGAUGGGCGCGGGGGUGCCGCCUCCAAGUGAUGCGGCUCUCUAUUUCAGGAUUGGGAACCCAUGCCACACUCACCUGCUCAACUGAGGAAUUAUCAUGCCAGGUAAAGGGAAACAAGGAAAAGGCCCGGACAAAUCUCGCGGGAAGAAACAGAAGAAACCGGAAGUGGACAUUCUCAGCCCAGCUGCCAUGCUGAACCUCUACUACAUCGCCCACAACGUUGCCGACUGCCUGCACCUGCGAGGCUUCCGUUGGCCCGGUGCUCCGAAAUCAAAGGGGAAAAACAAGACUUAAUGGCGUUCCACAGAGAGCAGAACUUGGGGAAGAGAAAUCGGGAAAAUACAACUACUGCAAGCAAAAUAGACUUUACCGAAGACAACUUGAGACGCAAGCUAAGUGUGCUUUUCUAUGGUAGUUAAUGAUAAAGAAGUGCAUUUGACUUCCCAGCUAAAUGCAGCUACAGGAAGCCAAUUUGGCUUUUCAGAAGAAGUUAAGGGGGAAAAAAGUCCGAGUAGUUCCUACUCAGGAAUUGCGUGGUGGAAUUGAUAGGAUUUUUCAAAUUAUAAUUCUGGGUCAGAAUUAAACCUGUUCUCAAAAGGCA